AUGAGCCUGAGUCCAAGUCUUGAUGAUUAUUGGAUCACUGCUGCUUUAGGACAACCGGAGCUACGACCCGUAGGAAUUCCAUUAUCUCCUGGCUGUUUUCAAGCCACGGAUGCUGACCGAGAGAGAUAUACUAGUUUAAUUCGUGGUCGAGUCGACUCGUUGCUACGAGAUGAAGCUCGCUACAAGGAACGACGUGAACGCAAUGAAGACUUUUUACAUGCUGGAGAGUGGAAACAAGUGAAGAAGGAGAAAGACUUGACCUUCUAUCGACGUUUUCAAAGAGGUCGAUCGUUGCGUGAAUUGGCACUUGAAGAAGAGCUUCCAGAAAUUCAACGAGCAGUGGAACGAGGAUACACGAGUAUGAUAUGCGACGGUUUCGUGAACGGAACCAUUGAGGACAUGCUGUACGGAAUGACCGCUUCUUCACAAGACGAUUUAUUGACGGGAUUCUCGUACAAGGAUCCACCCAAAGAUUGUGUCUGGCUGGGCUCCGUGGAAACCGCUACUCCCGCUACUCCAUUUCACACCGCUGAUUUGAUCUGGGCACUACCAAAGUUGCCACCAAUGCUUGACCAAGUCGACGUGUGCUAUCUCAAAGGUACAGGUCAGGAAGUUGAUGCAAAUGGAGAGCGCUACGGCUACUUAGUGCUGCAUGGGGUGCACAUUGCACAAUGUCCUGCAUUUGCAGCACAUGGGAUUUCUCGAGCCAAAAUGUACUUUGCUUGUUUGUUUCGAGAACCCCAGCCUGGAGUGUUAAAGGUGACAGUACGUGGCAUCUUUGACCUUAGCAAAAAGGUGAGAAUGUUGAAGGGACUAGUAUCGGCUGCUACGACGUCGAUCAUGAUUGGACUUCUUAAUGGUGUAGGUAUUGGAGAGGCCAAGAAACUUACUCUACUGGCACGUCGCAACCGUAGCAGGCUUCGGGACCUUUUUAAUACUCCUAGACAAUCCAUGUGCUACAUGUGCUGCAAACGUGCAUCAUUUCUCGGUCGCACUAAUUUGUUCGGGACCCACUUGACGACAUGCUACGUAUGUGGAUGCACCGUUUGCUCACAAUGUACUCGUGGUAUGAAGCGGCGAGUCUUUCUGGGUACUAAGUAUCCGUGCUCCAAAGUCGACUGUUGUCCCCGUUGCGUUCGUGAGGCUGCGACUACGAUCCAUGUGUGUCCUGCAGAUCCUGAAUAUCAAAUAGUCGCAGAGUUCUACCUCAAUCUCAAUCAGUCUUCAGCAUCAAAGUUACCAGAGAUUUUGCAAAACAACGGAAUGAAAACUAAUGCAUCAACAGGUAUACCAACGGCCUCCACGACGAAUAGAAGCUUGGGAGAGUAUCAGCUCGAAUUCGAAGACGACUCGUUCUCAAUUUCUCUAAGUUUGCCUGAACUUCGCCAAAGUUCCGAGGGGGAUGUGAGCAACGCCGAUAUGGUUGACAUUGAGCCGGGCUCUGGUCUUGAAGCGGAGGCUGGGUCGUUUGAAAGCUCGAUCUCAAUCUGGGGAGGAAGCAGACAUCGAAUCAGUUUUGAUGAUGACGAUUUCGUUCCAACACUUUCUUCAGAUACGAUGUACUCGGACAGAUUAAACGCGAAUGCUGGACUUGCAGAGAAGGUGGAGCAGAGACUACUUGAAUUGAAUAUCAAAGCCGAGUACACUUACGCACAGACACAAGAAACAAUGAUGAUCAUGCAACAGGGUGAACGAAGGUAA